AUGAAUACAAUCAAAUCCAACUGGAUUGGAUGGGGCUCCCUUUGUAUCGCUUGCGGCAGUGCCUACAUCUUUGCAAAGAAGUCUGUCAAUGCGGACAGACAGAGCCGAUUUGAGGCCGAUAUCAAACGCAAGGCCCAAAUGAAGGCCAUGGAGGAUGAACAUAAGCGGCAGCAAACUGGCCUUCCUACCUCGACUCCAAUUCCAAGCGAUGACUCCAGUCUAAAACGAGCAAACAUGGCGGCCUUCCAGAAUGCUGUCGAUGAUGCAGCUUCGCCCAGUGCAGAGGCAUCCCACGACCCUGCCGCUACUCGACACGAACCCUUGACUGACAAAGAUCGAGUGCUGGAAAAAAGUAAAUACGAGGCUGCGGAACCGUUCCGUCCCCCUCGUGGAAACCGAUUCAGUUAG